CCGACAGCAACAGUCAAUCAUUUCAACCGCUGCGGUUCGGUUCACUUUAUCAACUAUCGCUCGUCGUCGUCGCGCUCCGAGAUUGUGACUCAACUUGUGUGAUUAGGAAAUAGUUUGCAAUUUUGCCGAACAAAGCAAAAACCAUCUGCAUCAGAUCAACCAAAAGUGUUUGUUCCUAGAGAAUGACAUCCAACUGGGACAAAUUCGUGCUGCUGCUGUGGAAGAACUUCCUGAUCCACAAACGGCACCGCUGGCGGACUUGCUUCGAGAUUGGACUUCCGAUUUUGGUGUUUUCGAUUGUGUUGAUGUUGCCGUCGAAACCGCACACAGUGGGCCCGAAACGAUAUCCGUCGCUCAGCGUGGACGGAGGAGAUGGCAUCCCCGAUCAUCUACGGCAGCUCGCGUAUAGCCCCAACAAUGCAGUUGUGGAGGAAAUAGUCAGCAAAGCUUGCGCAAUUCUUGGCAUAUCUCAGUGCGAUGGUUUCAACAGUGGUCUGGAAAUGCAGACAGCGAUGGUCAAUAGCAGCUACCUUUGCGGGGUCGAUUUUGGAGAUCACUCGAAAACCCUAUCGAAAGUGUCCAACGCGACGACGUUCAAGCUACGGUUCCCGUCAGAGCUUCGUUACAGUUCGUACGGUGAACCGCCGUCGGAUUGGAACACGAAACAACUGUCCGCUCCGUUCACCGUUUCCAAUUACAACCCGGAGAGCAUCGACGGAGGACCCCCCCAUUAUUGGCAUGAGCAUUUUCUGGCCGUUCAAGCGGCCAUUUCGAGGGUCUUAGUCGCGAAGAUGGCACCCACCGUCCAACUGCCAAGAUCCAUGAAUGUUCAGCGGUUCCCGUAUCCAACCACGGUCGAUAACGAUCUUUUCGUACUGCUUCCGUACAUGUUAUCGAACUGGUUGCGGUUGGUAUUCAUGUACUUCUUCAUCAACUCCGUCAAGUACAUAGCUCUGGAAAAGGAGCGCCAGCUGAAGGAAUCCAUGAAGCUGAUGGGACUCCCGGGUUGGAUCCAGUGGGGUGCCUGGUUCGUGGAGCUCCUUCUGAUGACACUGAUUCCAGUAACGGCUAUAACCAUCAUGCUCAAAGUGUCUAUCUUCCCGUAUUCCACCAGUUUUCUCAUAUGGACGUUCUUAACACUGUACUGUUCGUCACUAAUCUGCCUUUGCUUUCUGUUGAGUGUGUUCUUCAACAAAGCGACUAGAGCGGCAACACUGGCUUCGUUGCUUUGGAUCGCUUCGUUCGUCAGUCUGCCAAGUGGUGCGCCGUAUUGGUCGAAGAUCGUGUACUCGCUGCUGCCCAAUCCGGCCAUGGGUUUCGGGAUGGAUGAUAUCGUGCGACUGGAGACUGCCGGAGUGGGUUUAACGUGGCAAACGUUGUUCAAGCAGACGGAGAUGAAGAAUCCGUACUCGCUUUCCAUAGCGGUGGCAAUGUUGCUGUCGAACAUCUUGCUAUAUCUGUUGCUGACCAUCUACUUGGAGCAGGUCAUGCCGGGAAAGUAUGGAGUGGCGAAGCCGUGGUAUUUUCCGUUUACGAAAGAUUUUUGGAGCAGGCAGUCUUCUGCGGAUGUGGAUUUGCUGCUGGAGCCUACGGAGAGAUCGAAGUAUUUCGAAGAGGAGACCCAAUUUCGAGCGUCUGGUGUUCAGAUCCGGAAUUUGCGUAAGGUGUACGGAAGUGGAAAGGUAGCAGUUGAUGGGCUGAGUUUGAAUUUAUACGAAGGGCAGAUCACGGUAUUGCUGGGUCACAAUGGCGCGGGCAAGACUACAACGAUGUCUAUGUUGACGGGGAUGUUCUCUCCGAGUUCGGGAACUGCACUGAUCAAUGGGUAUGACAUCCGCCGUCGUAUGGAUGAAGUGAGAGGUUCAAUGGGUUUCUGCCCGCAACACAAUGUGCUGUUCGACGAGUUGACGGUUCAUGAACAUUUACAGUUUGCUGCACGGCUGAAAGGGAUCAGAUCUGAUGAAGUGCGUUCCCAGGUGGAUAGGUACAUCAAUCGGUUGGGGUUGAUGGAGAAAGCCCGUGCAGAGGCAUCUACGCUCUCAGGAGGUAUGAAACGAAAGCUUUCGGUUGGAAUGGCGAUGUGUGGAAAUCCUAAGGUGGUCCUGCUGGAUGAACCAAGUACCGGAGUUGAUCCGACGGCCAGACACGCGUUGUGGGAUUUUCUGCACGAAGAGAAACGCGAUAAAACGGUACUGUUGUCGACGCACUACAUGAAUGAAGCGGAUGUUUUGGGCGAUCGAAUAGCCAUUUUGGCCGAUGGUAAACUCUCGGCCAGCGGUUCGCCGUUCUUUUUGAAGAACGCGUUCGGAGUUGGCUAUCGGCUGAUUUGCGUCAAGGGACGGAAGUACUCGGAGGCGUGUCUGCUGGAGACGCUGCGGAAACAUAUUCCGAGUGUCAAGAUCGAUCAUGAGAGCGCAUCGGAGGUGGAAGUUCUGCUGGAGAAGAAGUACGUUCAACGCUAUGAAGCGAUGCUGGAGGAGAUGGAGAGGAACAUGGAAUCGUGUGGCGUGAUGAGUUAUGGCGUAUCGUUCACCACGUUGGAGGAAGUCUUCAUGAAAGCUGGAACUGAAUCUCACAAUCGAUCGCACGAUGAGGGAUCCAGACUAACGGACCACAGCGUCCACCUAGAUACUAGAGCAGCAAACGAACCCAAUAGCCUGUUGAUCAGCUCAAACAACCUCAAGAGCAGCGCUCUGGCUCAAAUCAAGGCCCAGUUUUUGAAAAAGUUCCUCUGCACCAAACGAUCGUGGAUACAGUUCUGUUGGACAACCUUCGUCGUGCCCGUAGUGAUCAUGAUUUUGGUGGCAUUCCCUAUACAGAUCAGAACGAACAAUUCGCUUCCGCCCUUGGAGAUGUCUCUGGCAACGUAUGACAAUUCAUUCAGCGUGGUUGAAGGAUCAAACUCAAAAGCAGUUCACGAAUAUCAACGAUUGUUCCAAGAUGGGCAAGAGUUGGAAGUCCUUAAGACCGAUACAGAGUCAUACAUUCUGCAAAAGUACAACGGAUCGAUUUUGGAGUACAAUUCACGCUUACUUGUGGGAGCAAGCUUCUCUAAUGAUUUCUUCACUGGGUGGUUCAACGCCAAGAACCUCCACUCGGCGCCGCUGGCUUUGAACCUCAUGUUCAACGCAGUUCUACGCACUGUCUGUCCAUCCUGUAGUAUUACCACCGUGAAUCAUCCUCUACCGCGUCAGAACGAUAAAAACGGCGAUAAUACGGAUAACGGAGAUUUCCUACAUCAUUUGAACAUCAUCAUAGCGAUCAUGUUCAUCAUGGCGUACGUUCCAUCAUCAUACGUUACCUUCUACAUCCGAGAACGUGUCAAUAGGGUGAAGCUACUCCAGGUUGUCAGUGGCCUCCGCACAGAACUGUAUUGGUUCGUCAGUAUCCUGUGGGAUCUUGUGGCCUUCAUGGUCUGUUGCUUGGUCAUUCUUACAAUGCUUUUCGGCUACCAAGUCGACGGUUGGAGUGAUCCCCAAGCGCUAUCCAUCCUGCUCUUCAUCUUCCUAAUCUUUGCCCUGGCAACAUUACCCAUGAUCUAUCUCAUUUCAUUCACGAUUAGCAAUCCCGCUUCGGGAUACUCUCGAGUUCUGCUUAUCAUCGGUAUUGGUGCGAUUGGUUUACUGCUUGUACGACUACUCUUCAUUUACAUCGAAUUCAACAAGUUAGCAGAUCUGAUAGGCUAUGGCUUCAUGUUCAUUCCGACAAUUUCCUUGGGACUUGUAUUUGACAAAUUUUCCACCUAUACAAGCACUGUAACAACCUGCAACAAUUUUUGCAACCUACUUCCCAAUUGCACCAUGGAUGUGCUGUGCAAGCAACUACCGAAAUGCUGCUCUCCCUAUUCCGAUCUAUUCAGCUUUACCUCCAACGGAAUGUUGCGAGAACUCAGUUUCAUGCUCGUAACGGGAGUCGUUUGCUUCCUGCUAAUCUGGGCUAUCGAACGCAAACUGUUCCACCGGCUCUGGGCAAAAGUCUAUCCUUCAAAAGACUAUCGCUAUACCGUUCCACAGCCACAAAUGGAUUCGGACGUCCUGCUCGAAAAAAGCCGAAUUUCGCAGAUGACUGAUACCGACAUUGCCGCCCACAGUCUGGUCCUUCGGAAUCUUACCAAGAAUUAUGGUCCUAUCUCGGCUGUCAAAUGGCUAUCGCUUGGAACGCAGCCCUCCGAGUGUUUCGGUCUUCUCGGGGUUAACGGAGCUGGCAAAACUACGACCUUCCGAAUGAUGACUGGAGAUGAGAGCAUUUCGUUUGGCGAUGUCUGGAUCAACGGUGUUAAUGUAAAAUCUAACCUUGCGCAAGCGUACCAGCAUGUUGGAUAUUGUCCCCAGUUCGAUGGUUUACUGGACGAAUUGACCGGAUUGGAAACGCUUCGUAUCUUUGCCAUGCUCCGUGGGAUUCCAGGAAUCUAUAUAGACUCGGUGGUGCGAUCGCAUGCCGAAGAACUUGGCCUGACCAUGCACUUGGACAAGCCGAUUCGCGAAUACAGCGGAGGUACCAAGAGGAAGCUUAGCACGGCACUGGCUUUAAUUGGUAAUCCCUCGGUAAUAUUCCUGGAUGAACCUACCAGUGGAAUGGAUCCCGGAGCCAAGCGACAACUGUGGAAUGUGAUCAAUCGGUUGCGUGACGCCGGAAGAACCAUUAUACUGACCACCCACAGUAUGGAUGAAUGCGAGGCUUUGUGCACCCGGUUGGCUAUUAUGGUUAAUGGAGAGUUCAAGUGCUUGGGUUCCACGCAACAUUUGAAGAACAAGUUCUCCGGGGGUUUCCUGUUGCACAUCAAGAUGCUGCAAGCUCCCAGCCAAGUGGAGCUGCAAAUUCGAAUGGCGGCCGUGAAAGCGUUCGUUGCCGAACGCUUCCGGGAUGCGGUGCUAAAGGAGGAGCUUCAGAAUUCGCUCAGCUACCAUAUUCCACGCAGCGAGCUCACCUGGUCGGCCAUGUUCGGCAUAAUGGAAGCGUCGAAGGAAGUGCUCGCAAUCGAAGAGUAUUCCCUGGGGCAAACCACUUUGGAACAGGUGUUCCUGGUGUUUGCCAAUAGCAACAGUUGGUGAUAUGUGUUGGAUGUGAAUGCGCUUUGUAUGAUAAUCGAAACCACUUACCAGUGUGACAAAGGAUAGUAUCAAAGAGUCCGGGAUUACCUGGAAUAAAGCAAAUGAGAAAGUUUUAUGUUAGUAUUAUAACUUAACCAUACAGCGAUCUUAGAUUCCCAGUGUUAUAUGCCUUAGAUAGGAUAUUUCUAUUAAAUAUAACCAUGCUUUAAAUAUUA